GGCGUCAUUACUGCCACGACCGCCGUGGAGAUAGAGAGACCACCUGCCCGCAGGAGACUUUAAGAGUGAAGAUCUCUUCGGUUAUUCUCGAGUGUUUGGCCGUUUGUCUUUAUAUCUUAAAUUUUUUUGCGUCAUGGUGGCUUCUCUAGUCCAGCCCAUCUCCUGGGAUACCAGCAACAUCAGCCCGGAGAUCUGCUCCCAGUACGGUGAGGAAAAGCCAAACAUUGAAGCCGAGGAGUGGGAGGCUGGCCACAGCUUACUUUACACGAAGCCCGUCGUCCAGAAAAUGGAAAGGAACAACACUGGUGUGGGCGAAUCCAUCAAGAAAUACUUCAGUAAAUUAUUCACAAAAGAGACCCUGAAAAAACGAAUACCGAUUUUGGAGUGGGGACCGCAGUAUGACCUAGAUUGUUUGGAAGGAGAUGUACUGGCCGGGUUUACGGUGGGCUUGACGGUCAUUCCCCAGGGCAUUGCGUACGCUGCGGUUGCAGGACUGGACCCUACCUAUGGGCUGUAUUCUGCCUUCAUGGGAUGUUUUCUGUACCUGUUCUUCGGAAGCUGCAAAGACAUAACAAUUGGUCCCACAGCCAUCAUGGCCAUCAUGACACACGAAUACUCCGGUCACGGUGGACCAGAUUUUGCCAUCUUGCUGUGUUUCCUCAGUGGUAUUAUCAUUCUAGCUGCCGGCUUUUGUAAUUUAGGAUUUCUCAUUACGUUCAUAUCAAAACCUGUCAUAUCAGGGUUCACUUCAGCUGCCGCCAUCACUAUUGCUUCAACGCAGCUGAAAGGAAUCUUUGGAUUAAAAUUCAGUUCGGAGGGUAUCAUUGAAACUUUUCAGAAAUUAAUUGAACACAUGGCUGAAUUUCGGUGGCAAGACUUCAUCCUUGGCAUAGCAUGCAUCGUUCUUCUUCUGCUUAUGAAGAAAAUGAGAGAAGUGGACUUUAUGAAGCCAAAACCUGAAGAUAGCACUAGUACUCGAGUAUGGAAGAAGAUUGGUUUCUUGUCAUCAGUAGGACGAAAUGCAAUAGUUGUUGUUUUUGCUGCUCUUUUGGCAUAUUUUCUUGAUGACAACCAGCCUUUCCUCAUUACAGGUGAAGUGAAAGCUGGUCUUCCCGAUUUUGAGGUGCCACCAUUUUCAACAGAAGUAAAUAAUGUAACCUUAAGCUUUGGUGAGAUGUUGACUGCUCUGGGUGCUGGUGUUCCGAUUAUUCCUUUGAUUUCGAUUUUAGAAAGCAUUGCUAUAGCAAGUGCCUUUGCUGGAAGCAAGACAAUUGAUGCUACUCAGGAAAUGUUCGCUCUUGGAUUAUGUAACCUUGUGGGUUCAUUUUUCCAGUCUAUGCCUGUUACAGGCUCCUUUUCUCGUACAGCUGUGAAUUCUACAAGCGGUGUAAAGACCCCUGCUGGAGGAGUUGUUACAGGAGUUCUUGUUGUUUUAGCAUUGGCUGUUCUGACUCCUUACUUCAAAUACAUUCCAAAAGCUACACUAUCUGCUGUUAUUAUUUGUGCUGUGAUAUUUAUGGUGGAAUAUGAGGUAAUUCAUCCUGUCUGGACAAUCUGGAAGCUUGAUCAACUUCCCCUAUGGGGAACAUUUCUAAUUUGCCUGUUUUGGAAGUUGGAGUACGGAAUUUUAAUUGGCGUUGUGAUCAACAUCUGUGUACUUCUGUAUCGUGUUGCAAAGACAAAACUGGAUGUCAGUACAGUACUAAAACAGGAUGGAGAAGAUAUAGCAUACGUUCUGGUAGAGCCACAUGAUGGACUCUUCUUCCCCUCUGUGGACCAUAUCAGAGCUCAAGUUUCUAAAGUUGGAAGAGGGGUAGCUCAGAGCAGAAUACCUGUAGUUAUAGACUGCUGUCAUUUCACAGGAGUGGAUUACACAGCUGCAAAGGGCAUCAAAGGCAUAUGCUCUGAAUUUGAUAAGCGACAACAAACCUUAAUAUUCACAAAUGUUGAGCCUUCCUUGAAGACAAGUUUAACACACCUGUAUGACAAAAUAAGAAUCACAUCCCCAGACCAACUAUAUAAUGAGCUAAAAGCUGCCACUGUUCCAUACCUUGCUAAUGGGGAAACUAAGAGCAUCUUUGCCAUACCGUAGUGUCCAAAUUUGCUGAUGAUCCAGAACUUAGAGGAGGUGUUGCUUCAUAAUCACUUUAGCAGCUGCACAUCCAAUGAAAUUUCUUCCUGAUUUGCAUGAACAUAUUUGUUUUAUGUACUCUUUGCUUCAUAUGAGAGUUGUCAGUUAUGUAUACAUAUACUAUAUUUAUCAUGAGCUUUUAAAUAUAUAUAUAUCUACAGUAUAUUUGCCUCAGUUUCCAUGAAUACCUGGCUUGAAAAUUCAAGAUUGUACAGGCAAAUUCAGUUUGUACAGGCAAGACAAAACUGGCAAUUAACUAAUGAAGUUUAAAAGAAAAACUACGCUUUUUAAGUACGUAUACCUAUCAUGUACACUGUCUGCUGUAUCCUGCACAAUUUUUCUCUUAAAAUGGUUGUCUGUCAAAUUUUUAAAUUUUGUGCUGUUUCAUAAAUCUAAAUCUACAGUAACAAGGAUUGACCUAUACCAGUGGUCCAUUGAUCACUGAAGAAUAUGUCUUAGCUUUUAUAAUAAUUUGUAAAAAUUUUAAACAAAACUGUCUUAUUUUGCUAUAUAUAUUGUAGCAAACUUUCCAAAGGUUUUUACUUUGCAAUUAAAAUUCUAAAUCAUUACCAUACUAACAUUAGACAGAGAAGUGUAAAAUUAUUAUGGUUUCUGCAAAAUUUUUGUACUAAUGAGAUCUGAAAUAAUUAUGUUUAUGAUCCAUGACAGUAUUACAUUUGCAAUUUCAAAACUUUCUGAAAGCAGCUGGCUGCUUUCAGUAUUUCCUUAUGCCUCAGUAUGAGAUCCUUGAUGUUUAAGGCAGUGGAACAUUAACAUGAACUUUACCAAGUAAUUAAAAUUCACAGGAGAUAGCAAAUUAUGGUAAAACCAAGCAUUAUAAAUUAUGUUCAGAUCACAUAAAUCUAAAUCCUUUUCUUUUCAAAUGUGAGUCAUGGAUAAUUUUUUCACCAUUCAUUAUUAAAUUGCCCGCUACAAGGAGGUCAUACUGGAGCAAGUAAUGUCAUGAUCACUAAAAUGUAAGAAUUUAUUUUUUUCAAAUACGUAGGCUGUAAUUCUUUCAUUGAGGUAUUUCCUAACUAGUGAAUGAAUGCUUAAGGCAAUGGAAUACAAAAUGAAUUUUACAGGGGUAAUUAAUAUACACAAGAAAGAGAGAAGUAUGGUAAUAAUCAAACAUUAUAAUUGAUGUUUAUUCAGAUCAAAUACAAUUAUUUUCAAAUUACAACUGAUUCAUGUAUUAUUUCUUCAUUCAUUAAUUAGACUGCACACCGAGGUCAUACUAGAGCAAUCAAAGUAAUGAUCAGUAAAAUCUUGUAAGAAAUAUUUUUUUUAAAUAGGCUCAAAUUCUUUCAUUGAGUUACUCCUAUCAGUGAAUGUACUUCUAUCAACCUCUUACAACAUAAUACAUUAUGAAACUAAUUUUACACUGUAAAUGCCUAAUUAUGAACUAAUUUUACACUCUAAAUCCCUAAUUCAUAAACAUGUCGUGCCUGAAUAUAGGAUCACCUUAUCCAUGGAAUACAUAAAAUAUUUUAAUUGUGAUAAUUUAUUUUUAGUGUAACUUUUAAUGAGAGAUUGGUGUUUCUUAUGGCCUGGAAAUAAAAUCGCAAAUCAUAUGAAAUUAGCAAAUAACACAAAGAAAAAUGAAUGUUAGGUUCUCUUGAUGUAGCACUUGAUCAGCCAGAUUCUGAGGAAAAGUGUAACUGAAUUUUCAGUGAGUGAAGGAUAUUUUUGCCCUGCAGGUAUAUCAUAGAUCUGAAGAAACAAAGGACAAAAAUCUGCAGGUCAUUAACUUGGCUGGAGGAAGAGCCAUUACCUGGAAUUUUUGGCAUAUAGCUGCUUUCUUGUAUUGUCUGUCAGGCAGCCUUCAAUACACUAUAUGUAUAACAAAUUGACUUCAUGCUCUGCAUUUUAUCAGCGAGGCAACUUUUUGGUUUUUCUGUUGAUUGUUCAAUCAACAUAUUAUAUAGAACUAACCAAAGAUUAAACAUUUUUGCUUCUUCCAUUGCUUUCCAUGGAGUACACCAGCUGUUCAACCAUUUUUGUUUUGGGAGGAUCCUUUGAAGUUAUACAGUACUAAGGUCAAAUUAUGACAUGAUUGAUCUUAACUAUGGAUAAAUUGUGCAUAAUCAGCAGUGUGCUUGUGUGUGUGUAACAUGCGCAGUGGCUAAAAUGUUACACUCUUCUUCAUCAUUAUGAGACUUGAAUGCUCCUAAGUUUCCACGAGUAAUUUUGUGUACCUCCCUUGAACAUACUUGAGCAUUGUCAUCCUCCAUCAGGUUUUCUUCCUCAACAGUUCUCCAUCAUUGAGCUCAGUAGUGCAGUUUUUAACUGAGAAAAAUAAAACCUAUGAAGAGGCAAGGUUAAUUAUUAGCAUUAGUACAUAGGCCAUGUAGAAUAUCUUUAGAUUAUCAUGAAUGCACUUUAUUUUUCUAGAUUUACCUAUAUAACCCAAUCUGUUGCUUACUUUCUCUCACAAGUCACCCUCUCUAUUGUGUACCAUGUUUCUAUUUUUGUUUUCAAUUUGGCCUAUGGUUUGGCAAAACUAGCCUUCCACCUUAUGGCCCAUCACUGUUUUACCCUUAUGUAUGUAGUACGUAGUUACUGUAUGUGCAGUCAUUGUUUGGAAUCCUCUCCUGGGUUAAUUUUCAAGAUACAAUGACACUACAAUCUUGGAAUCUUACUGUUUUAACAUCUGCCCGAACAGAUAGUCCUAGCUAAAAUGAAAGUAACCAUUUUGUGUCACUGGCACUUUUAAUAUUCUGAAAGUAUCUGUACUGUGGACAUACACAAUGCAAUUCCCAACACUUUUGCUCAUGCUCCUUCACAUGCCACUCUUCCUGGAUGGGCCAACUUAUAAUAUUGCAUGAGGUCCUUAUAAUAAGGUACACAUGGAAAAAGUACCUUGUGAAAAAGAAGAGUUUACAUCUUAUACAUGUGGAUCUUGAGAAGGUAUGUGACCGUAUCAAGACAUGCAAUUGCAAGUCAUUAGCAAAGCACAGGAUUACAAGAAAAUGACUCUACUAUCUCAAUGAAAAUUCCAGGAAGACAGUACUGAUUAGGAUCCAUGUUGGUAUCAUCAAGGAUAAGCAGAACAUUCUUUAGUUAGUUAGUUGUGGAGGAGACUACAAGAGAGUCAAGAUAGCCAAGUCCUUGAGAACUGCAGCAAGCUGAAUACCUGUUACUAACAACAAAAUCAGGAAGAGGUCUUCAGUUUGAAAUAUGCAGAAGUGGAACAGACAACUGACAGCAGAGUUAGAAAGCAGUCUAGUCAAGAUAGUGGUAAUUUGAGUGACGUACAAGAGGAGUAAACAAUGUAACUGAUGUCAUAAAUGAUGAUCAGGAUUGCAAAAUUAAAAUAUUUCUCCUAAAUUUUUAUGGAGUCUUUUAUAAUACUCUCUCUAGUUCAUAGUAAACUGUGCAUUUGUGAUUAAAUUUCUUUGGCUAAAUUCUCCUAAAUUUUUAUGGAGUCUCUUAUAAUACUCUCUCUAGUUCACAGUAAACUGUACAUUUGUGAUUAAAUUUCUUUUGCUAAAAUUUUUUUUCAUCCUCAAUUAAGCUAAAUCAAGAGGCAAUUUUUCCCUUUGCAGUGUAGCCGAUUGUGAAAAUUGAUACCUUUAGUAUCAUAACAUGAAUUUUUAGUUUGUAUGUUUACAAGCAUAUGCGGGGAACCACAAGUCAUCUGUAAAUGCGUGUUAUCACAGCUCACUCAUUCCUGUGAUUACAGCUACAAAUUUCUCCUUAGGAUAAAGUUAAGCACACAGUGCAAGGAUCAUGACUUUAUGAAUGCAAAGCCGGCAGUUUUGUAAAUUGCACUAAGUUGAAGGAUCAUCCUUUCCAAGGUCUUAUUUUUUUAGUGAACCCAGUGCUCACAUUCCUGAUUGCUAUGUCAAAUUGUACCAUUGUACGAUGUCAGAUUGUUGCAAGUUGUACAGAAGUGUUUGGAUACAUCUUAGAUGAUGAUGCUUAAAACCACCAAUAUUUUUGCAGAUUUGCAAAAAUUAGCUCAUUUUUGUCAUCUAAUUUUUGAAAUGUUCAGAAACUGUCAUGGUGAACUGCAAAUUCAUACUGAAUCAAUAUUGUAUUUGCCUGGUUAUGUAAUUUGUAUAAAUAUUGCAACCUUUCUUGUAAAUGCUGUGAUGAGUUGAUGAGCAUUCAUGCUAUAAAAAAUAACAUUCUGCUAAUGUAUACAUUUCAGUUUCCAAUUCACCUAUUUCAACAUUCGAUUUCAGUACGUACGACUAUCAUAAUGUACGCUGAGAUAUCUCAGUUGUGAACUUCAAAUCUCACACAAUUAUCUUCAGUGUUCCCUAAUUGUUGACAAAAAUAAUGUCUUGACAUCCACAUGUAAGAAUACAUAUCACUCCCUUGCCCUUGUUGUGAUGGAUUACAGGAUAUUGUGGAUAAGGCAUCAUGUUACAACUUGCCAUUGUUUGCAACUUGUUACAUAUUUUUUAAUCUUGUGAUUGCUCUUGAUUUUAUGUCAAACACUACUGGUGUUGUGGCAUAUCUUAUUGAUGUCACUCAUACUAAUGUUAAAUGCUGUAGUAAGUUGUAACAGUUGUCGCCAUAAUGUCAUUGUUGCAAUGAACUAUGCAGUAAGUUUCAUCUUGCCAUGAUUUACUGGGCAAGGAAGAUUGCUGUAAAUUUCUAAGGGGCCCUUUGACUUAACUCUUGUCAUGAGCCCACUUUCUACUAAUAACUGAAACUCAUGUCCUUUGAUCAGUAUAUUAGAGAAGAACUAUUGGGAACUCGCUCUUUACUAGAUCACUGCAUCACAAUAUUUGUCAUCAUCACAUGUUGAAAUUCUUCCUCUAUCCAAAAUUAGAUUGGAACACUUAAGUGUUAUCAUCAUGAACAAUUUUAAACUGUGAGAAACUUGGUAAGGUACAUUCAUGCUUACAUAUAAGAGUGACCCUGAUUCCAUGCUAUUUCUACAUGUAUAUAUGUGGCUUCUAAGGUAUAAGGAGGGCUGCACUACAAUGAAUUGCCAACAAACAUAUAUACGUACUGUAUAUUAAAAUAUCAGUUGUGGUCAUAUGUCACCAGACAAGAUACUGACUGGUGUAUUUCUGCAAUUCUAGAAACACAAAGACAGCUUCCAUGUGAUAAAUGUACUUUCAAAAUAACAUGUAUCCAUUAAAAUCUUUCAACUGCGAAAGAACACUUGAAAUAGAAAUGUUCAGAAUCAACAAACUCUUAUCAA